UUGGUCGGAGUGACAUGAUAGUAGAAGUAUAAAAAACUUCUAUAUCGAUACUUUUUUCAAUCUCUAGCAUAAUAUUUUGAAAUGAAAUAACCUGUUUUGAAAUGAAAUUUAUAGUCAGCUUUUUUAUGAGUUUUUGUAACUGAACAGUACAGUUGUGUAGUUUUAUUUCAAUUAUGUGAAUUAAAAUAAUAGAGCUGAAAUAUUACUUCUUGACAGGAUUUUAUUAUUUUGAAGUAAUGCUUGGCCCUUUAAAAGCUCAAAGAAAGGUUCUGUCAGCAGUUGCAGCCAGUACUUUAAUUGAAGCUGGAUUUGACUCCAGCUAUGACACUGCUCUUGAAACGUUAGUUGAAAUUCUUCAAAGUAUUAUUGUUGAAAUUGGAAACAGUAGCCGUGCUUACUGUGAACUAGCAGGAAGGACUGAACCUUUAUUUGCGGAUGUUUUGCUUGCUCUUGUUAAUUUAGGAUUGCACAUUAGUGAUCUUGAAAGAUUUGCAAAACGAGCAAACAGUAUCGUGAUUCCUGCACCCACUACCAGUGUACCUGCUAAACAAUUAGGAAUUUUGCAAGCAGGAGUAAAACCAUCACAUCCCUCUCAUAUACCUGCUCAUCUUCCAGUGUUUCCUGAUCCACAUGCAUACAUAAGAACUCCAACUCACAAGCAACCUGUAACUGAAUAUGAAGCAAUCAGGGAAAAAUCUGCGAUACAAAAGAGAGAUAUUGAACGGGCUCUUAACAAAUUUGAAACAAAAAUCAAUGAUACAGAUAGCCUUUUCCUCUCUCCUGAUACUAUUUUUCCUGGUUUGUAUAGAAUUUCAAAGGUUUAUGUUUUUUUUAAACUGAAAUUUAUUUAAAAUGUCACAUUUCAAUCAUUACAAAGUUUUUUUUAUCUAAAAAUAACUGCUAAAAAUUAAUUUCAAAUUUAUUAAAACCUUGAUGCAUUAAAAAAAAUAUUAAAAAGCAUAAAGGUAAUUGAAUUGCUUAAUGAAUGAUACCAGUUAUUAGCCAAGACAAAUGUUGCCCCUGAUAAUGUUAAAUUAAAAAAAAAAAAAAGAAAAAAAUGUCAUUGACCAGGAGUAUAGAAUAAACACCGCUUGAUGUGGUGAAGUGAUGAUAGAUUUUUAGAAUGCUUCAAACUAUGACUUUCCAGUAUGGAACAGGUGAAUAGCUUAAAACAGGAAGAUUGCAUGUGUUGUUGGAUCAAUCACUUAUGAUCAGUGAAUAAAGGUUAUGGACUUCAAGAAGAUACCAGAAAAUGUAACCACAAAUGGAGGGUAUUUCCCUGUAGACUUCCUGUCUGGAGGAAGUACAUAGAAGCCUAGCUCUUUGCAUAUGCUUUAUAUAAAUAGGAGACCCCAAACAGAAGGUAUUGCCCUCAGCAGUUGUCCUGAGGAUGCCAGUGCCUCUAGGGGUAGGUUAUUUCUCUACCAAAAGUAUUAUCUCAAAGAAAUGACUCUAACCUCAAAGUUUGAUGGAUUUUAUAUGAACAGUGUAGCUAACUUGCCUUUGUGGGGCUCACUUGCUAAGUGUGGUAAAUUCUCAAAAACAUGUACUGAAAAAUAUCAGAACUUUCCAGAUAGAAACCUCCAAUAGUAAGGGGGCUAGAAGAGUAAAUACUAAAAAAAAAAAAUUGUUUUCUUCUAUCUAUUAUUCCUAUUUAUGAUGUCCCAAUUUCUUCUGUUCACAAAUAUACAACCAUUUGAUCACCCCCUUUGCUUUAUUUAGUUUCAGACUUUAGAAUGGCCUAAACGUUGCCUUUUUGAAAAUGUUUAUGUUAUAAAACAAAUAAAGUUAUGGUGAUCAAAUGUCCAUAUAUUUGUGAAUAGAAAAAAAUAUUUUGUUUUCUUUUAAAUUAUUUAUUUGUUUUUUAAUUUUAGUUAUUGCUUGCAAACCAACUUUUCCUCCUUACUUAGUGGCAUUGCUUCCAAAAGACCAAGUAUUUGAAUUAGAAGAUGAUGAUUCAUCCAAAAGUCCUCAAAGAAAAAAAGGUAAAGAUUGUAUCAAGGAAGAAGAUGAUAAUGCAAAAGCUGAUGUUGAUUCAAUUGACAAUCCAUAUUUAAGACCAGUAAAAUUACCACCACCGAAAAUUAAAAUUAAAGAUCUUAUGACUCCAUCCUGAUAGGAGCACUUAGCCUAUACUGGGCAGAUUUAUAUAUAAUAUUAAGUUACAUCAACUGUGAAAUUUAUUUGAUCAAUUUAUGAAAUUAAUUUUGAGGAUAAUUCUAGUUCAUUAAAUGUUUUUUUUUACAUGCUUAUGCCUGAAAACUGUUGUUUCUUAAUGUAAAGUUUAGUGCUGGAAAUCGCAAAAAAAUUAGAUAUAUUUUUUAUUUUUUGUAAUCCUCAUUAUAAUAAGAUUGUAAUAUAUAUAUAUUUGUAAAUAUAUCUGUAUAUCCUUUAUUCUGUAAUGAAAAGUAUUUAAAUUUUCCAUAAAAAUAGAAUAUUUUUUUCGUAUUUGUAUUUAUUUUGUGAUAGCUAAUGAAAUAUCAAACAUUGGUCAUGGCAUUUAAAUACAUCCUCAUCCAAUUCUGAC